AUGUCUUCCAUCAGACUCCUUCUCGACAAGAACAAGCUAGACUACAAAAAGUCCGACAAGAGAACGAGGCUCACAGACGUACCGCCUGCAGGCCUGAACAACCCCAAUGACCCAGAUACGAUCCGCAUCCUGAUCGCGACGGACAGCCAUGUCGGGUACAACGAGUGCGACGCCAUUCGCGGCGACGACAGCUGGAAGACGUUCCACGAAGUUAUGAUGCUGGCCAAGCAGCACGACGUCGACAUGGUCCUGCAUGGUGGCGACCUUUUCCAUGACAACAAGCCGAGCCGGAAGAGCAUGUAUCAUGUCAUGCGCAGCCUGCGGAUGAGCUGCUUCGGGGACAAGCCGUGCCAGCUCGAGAUGCUGAGCGAUGCAAGCGAGAACUUUCAAGGAGCAUUCAACCACGUCAAUUACGAGGAUCCGGACAUCAAUGUCGCAAUCCCUGUCUUCUCGAUCCACGGCAACCACGAUGAUCCGUCGGGAGAAGGCCAUUACUCGGCCAUGGACCUGCUUCAAGUUUCCGGUCUGGUCAAUUAUUACGGACGUACGCCAGAGUCCGAUAAUAUCCAGAUCAAACCGGUUCUACUCCAGAAAGGCCACACGAAACUUGCCCUUUACGGUAUGAGCAAUGUCCGUGACGAGCGCCUAUUUCGGACUUUCAGAGAUGGCAACGUUAAAUUCUUUCGGCCUUCGGUGCAACAAGACGACUGGUUCAACCUCAUGAGCGUUCACCAAAACCACCACGCGUAUACUGAGACCGGCUACCUCCCAGAAAGUUUUCUUCCCGACUUUCUAGACCUUGUCGUGUGGGGCCACGAACACGAGUGCAAAAUUGAACCAACCAAGAACAUGGACACUGGCUUCCACGUCAUGCAGCCCGGUUCCUCAGUUGCGACUUCACUGAUGCCAGGAGAAGCGGUAGCUAAGCACGUCGCAAUCCUGAGCAUCAACACCAAGGAAAACAAGAAGUUUGAAGUUGUACCAAUCAGGUUAAAGACCGUGCGGCCCUUCGUCAUGAAGGAGAUCGUUCUGUCGGAAGAGAGAGCAAUGAAGGACGUUGCGAGAAAGGAUAACAACCGUACUCUGAUCACUCGUCACCUGAUGGGUAUUGUCGAGAACCUCAUCAAACAGGCAAAUAGGGAGUGGCUGGCUGCGCAAGAUCCAUCUGAGGAUGACGAAUCGUUGGAAGCUCCUCUCCCGCUAGUCCGCCUUCGGGUAGAGUACACUGCACCUGAAGGGGGUAACUUCGACUGCGAGAAUCCUCAGCGCUUCUCGAACCGUUUCCUCGACCGGGUUGCCAACGUCAACGAUGUUGUACAGUUCUACCGCAAGAAGGUUCCAAGGAAACAUCAGAAGAAAGCUGAACUGAGUAUGCCAGAGGAAUCGGUUCUCGCUCAAAUCACCAUCGAUAACGUCAAGAUCGAGAAGCUUGUGCGUGAAUUCCUCUCGGCUCAGUCUUUGACUAUACUGCCGGCGAACACUUUUGGCGAUGCCGUCAGUCAGUUUGUCGACAAGGAUGACAACAAAGCAAUGGAGAUUUUCGUCAACGAAGCUCUUGCAGAUCAGAUGUCACAUCUGCUUGGGACUGACGAGAUGGACGAAGAUGAUAUUGCAAACGCGAUGGAUGAGUACCGUACCAAGCUUGAAGAGAUGUUCGCUGCAGGCCAGAAGAAGACGAGGACAAGUCGGAAGUUGAAGCCCAAACCCGCCAACUGGGACAGCGAUCUUGAUGGUGACUGGGCCGACCAGCCAGGAGCUAUCGACCAUGGUGAUGAAAUGGAUGACGACGAUGACUCGAGGACGAGCUCAGUCCCGCCCAAGACUACAGCCACGCGUGGUAGGGGACGUGGCCGCGGUGGUCGUACAACAACUACCACUUCUCGUGCAACGACAAAGAAGGCACCUGCAAAGUCUACAACCGGAAGUAGCCGCAGUAAGAAGCGUGUUCAGGAAGAAGCGGAAGAAGAAGAGGAUGACGACGUCAUUAUGAUUGAUGAUGACAAUGAUGAAGAGGAUGAAGAAUCGGAUGCAGAGGAUUUGUUCACGAAGCCAGCGCCGCCCAAGAAGACAACCGCCCGGCAGAAGGCGGCAGCCAACAAGCCCACAGCCACAUCGUCGCGCUCUCAGCCGUCCGCCAGCCCUGCGGUCAAAAAGGCGCCACCGGCGAAGCCAGCUUCGCGGCAGACCAAGCUGAACUUCUCCCAGACUGCGGACAGCUUGCCAAGCCAGACUGGAAGGGGUACGAGUACCCGGAAGAAGCCGCCGAGUGACGAUGAGAUCUCUGACGACGAUGAUGCAUUCGAGCCUCCGACGACCGUGACGAGAUCGGUGAGGAAGCGAUGA